AACUAUGUCACUAAAUCAGGCAAAGAAUUAAACACAAAAGCUAGUAGAACUAAUAGUACAAAUCAAAAAUCAACAAAAUCCAAAUCCCACAAAUCAUAAAUCAUUUUCUUGUUAUUUUCAUCUUUUUCAAGUUAGAGCUUAUUUUCCUGUGAUAAUAAAGGUCUCGAAAAGUACAAAUAUUUUUUGACACUUUUAAAAAAAAAAAUAAAAAAAAAAAUGACACGGUCAAUAAUAACAUUUGUAGAACUACUAAGCCAUUACUCGUAAAUAUUAUAAUUAAUAAAAAUUCAUAAAAAAAGGGAGGCAAUAUUAUUGGAAGGCAUCUUCGCAUCUGUAACGAGUAUAACUAACAUUUGUAAACCCAGAUUCCCCCCUUCACUCACUUUCUCUCUCAUCUUCUUCUCUUUUUAUUAAUAGCGCUUUCAAAUACAGAUUUACAACUUUAAUUACGCCGUUUCUUUCAUCACCUAACUCUCUCAAUCAACUUAAAUCCUCUGCUUUCUCUUACUUCAUUCUCUGCAUUUCUUCCCAGAUUUUCUCUCUCUUAAAUCCCAUUUCAAUUUCUGGGUUUCACUCCAAAUCCUCUGAUUCAAACUGGGUUUUUUUUUAAAUCAUUCUUUUCCUCUUUUUUUCUAUGAGAAAAUCAGGGGAAAUGAGUAAUCAUAAUCAGAUUAAUGUUCAAUGUAUGAAACAGAGGAAAGGGAAAGGGAAACGGAAAGGUCAAGGGAAUGGGAAUGGGAAUGAGAAAGGGAAAAGAUUAUGGAAGAAAGUCAAGUAUCAAUUAGUGGAAUAUCAUUCAUUACCAGGUUAUUUGAGAGAUAAUGAGUAUAUUAAGGGACAUUACAGAGCUAAUUGGCCAUUAAAACAGGCUUUUUUCAGCAUCUUUACUCUUCAUAAUGAGACCCUUAAUGUCUGGACGCAUUUGAUCGGAUUCUUCUUUUUCCUUUGCUUGACAAUAUACACUGCCAAGAAGGUUCCUGAGGUUGUGGAUCUCCAUUCUAUUCAACAUCUUCCUGAUGUAAUCAGAAGAGCAGAUCUGCACAAAAUGCAUGCUGAUUUAUUGACAUGCCUGCCUUCAUUGCCUGACAUGUCUGAUCUCCAUAAGCUUCGCAAAGAGCUGAAAACAUCGCUGCCAUCAAUGGAUAUGCUUCAGACAUUGUCUGGUUGGCACAUAAUAGAGCUCCUCUCAAAAUGUUUGCCAGAGCGCGUUUUAAGUGGAAACCACACGGAUGUAAAGGUUCUGCAUAGCAUGACAGAUGAGUUGGCAAAUGUAAUACCCUUAAUAAGGCAACCAAUAACUCGUUGGCCAUUCUACGCCUACUUAGGAGGAGCCAUGUUCUGUUUGCUAGCUAGCAGCGUUUGUCACCUCUUAACCUGCCACUCAGAACGCUUAGCAUACAUCAUGCUCAGGGUGGACUAUGCUGGGAUCGCAUCCCUAAUAUCAACAUCCUUCUACCCUCUGGUCUACUACUCCUUCAUGUGCUACCCCUUCUUUCGCAACCUUUACAUGGGCUUCAUCACUGUUUUGGCAAUCGCGACAGUUCUGCUUUCUCUCCUCCCAGCCUUUCAGAAUCCAGAGUUCCGAACAAUACGAGCUAUUCUAUUUUCUGGGAUGGGACUGUCUGGCUUACUGCCGAUUCUGCACAAAAAUAUCAUAUAUUGGCAACAGCCUGCAGCACUUUACAGUACUGGGUAUGAGCUUUUGAUGGGAUUGUUUUACUUCCUCGGAGCCCUGGUUUAUGCGACCAGAAUUCCUGAGCGAUGGAUGCCUGGGAAAUUCGACCUUGCAGGACAUAGCCAUCAAUUGUUUCAUGUACUAGUUGUUGCUGGGGCGUACAGUCAUUAUCGUGCAGGGUUGGUAUAUCUCCAGUGGAGAGACAUGGAAGGUUGUUAGGCAAAGUUUCAGGAAAAAUCUAGGUCAGUAUCAUUAUCUGUAAACAUUCUUCAUUCUCAAUUGUAAUUAGUGGAUUAAGGCAUAUGAUGUUCAAUGCAUCAACCUUUCUGUAGCUAUUGAAUAGGUGACACAGAUUAAAGUGUUCCACUUUGAAUGUUGUACUAAGGGCAAAAAAUUUGUUAAUGUGCUUGUUAGAGUUUGCAAAAAAUUUCAUGUAGAUCAUACAUUUUCAAA